AUGUCCAGCUCCUUCCAGCAGUGCCUGUCCUACACCACACUGAGUGACCUGGCUCUGGGACUCAUAGAUGGAACAGUGUAUAAUAUAGUACAGGGACUCCUGGAUAUCCAGCACCUGACUGGGAGGAAUCUGUAUAACCAGAGACAAAAGCUGCACCGUGAGCAUCUAGGUCUCUCUCUCUCUCUCUCUUUAGGUUUCACAUGUUCUCUGUCUGAUCAAAAAACAUUUGAGUGUAUGUUAGUGUGGCAUUAUACAAGGGAUCUGAGGUCUUUCACCAUUACAAUGUCUCAAUAUUAUCUUCCUCAUGCCCAGUACUCAAGCAGGAUUUGGUUCGUAAGCAUAAAGAAGCCCUACAGGUUUGCAAGUCACACAACCUUGCAGUUAGGAAAACAAAUAAACAAGGAGAAACAGAAGUAUGA